CUCUCGGCACGUGCUCUGCAACCAAAACCCCAAAACCUUCUCCUUGGUCCGCCAUUCCUCCUUUGUUCGUAUAAUCCUUAUACUUCUCUUUUACCUCAAUUUCUUAUCAGAAAAGGAACACAAUCAACAGAAUAAUUAGCUUGGCAAUAGCCACACAUGAAUCGAUUGUUGAUUCCACUCUUACCUUUUUAGUUUAUCUGAACUUGCUGCGGUGUAUGUGCAAAAAACGAUGCAACGCAUGAAGCGAGGUGGGUUUUAUGUGAAGGGAAAAUGGUCAAAUGUUUUGAGAUCAGCUUUUAAUGGAUUGAAGCAUGGGCCCACCAGCGCUGCCUCUGACUUCGGGUUCGCUGGGCUUUCGUCUUUGGCGGCAGAAAGAUCAGUAAUAAGUGAAUUCUCCGAAAGGGUUGCACGGCAAGUUGGUGGAAACUCUAUCCUACUCAGAAAUCAGUGGGCCAGGCAACAUGGAUUGCUUCAUCAGUCUCCAUAUCAACUUGCUACAAGCGAUGGACAGAAAUUAAGAAGUCCUUCUUCUAUUAGAUGCUUUGCAUCCAAAACUACAGAGUCAAACAGUAAAAAGGAAUCGCAGACUCAAAAAGAGAUUUCCACUAUUGAAGAUCCGUUUGACGCUCCAACUUAUAAUAUCCCGCAAAAGCCAGUGACAUUCACAGAGGGAGCUUCUUAUAGCCUUGUAAUUCUUGCUGGUCUUGGCAUUGCUGGUGCUGCAGCUUACGGGGUUUUCAAGGAACUUAUAUUUGAACCCAAGGAGUACAAAAUAUUCAGCAAGGCUUUGGAUAGGGUCCAGAAUGAUGGCCAAGUUAAGGUGAGAAUCGGAUCCCCAAUCACGGGCUAUGGAUCAGAAAGUAGAAACCGUGCUGCUCGUCAACGUAUUCCAAAUAAAAUAUGGAAGGACGAAGAGGGAGUUGAGCAUAUAGUGGUGAAUUUCCACAUUCGGGGGCCACAUGGCGCGGGAAAAGUCUUCACAGAGAUGUUCAAGGACAAAGUCGACAAGCAAUGGAAAUUUAUGUAUUUAAUUGUUGAAAUCACUUCGCCUUCACCAGCUCAGCUGAUGCUCGAGUCUUAUGUCCCUGCCUGAGGGAAUACCUAAAUCCUUUUGCGAAUAUCUGAUCCCUCAAGCUUAAAGUUUGUCUGGAGAUACUGAGAGAUUUCUCCCUUUAUUUUGUCUCUUUUUUUCCAGGUUUUGGUUACAUUGUAUUUGAUGGUCAGUUUUUUGUCCAAGGUGGUGGUUGGUUCAUUUCUUCACCCAUUUUCGACUCUUCUUUGUUGAAUUUCUUUAUUUAUUUAGUCCUCAUCAGCACCAUUGUAUGAAUAAGAAACUUUCUUGUGGAGUCGAUACACAUUAUUUCACUUGUAUUGAGGAAACGAGAUUUUCAGGGAUGUGAAGAGGAUUUAUCGACUUCUCCAACCUUAGACGUUUAUACCUGUAUGAGAUUAGAGAUUACUGAGUAAAAUAGUUAUUCGAGAUAUCUAGAAAACUAUUGAAAUUGCA